CUCAAAGUACACCGAGAUACGCGUCAUCUGUCUGUAGUCAUGGCGGUGUCGUUGCAAGACAAGCAGAAAGACAUGUUGCUCCGCAUGCUGGAAUUCAACGUUGAUGGCGGAUCGGACGCGGCGAAUGCUGACCGAUGGGGCGAGCAGUGGAAGGUGUUGGUGUACGAUCACUAUUGCCGUGACAUCAUCUCGCCCAUCCUGAAGCUGCACGAGCUGCGCAAGAAGGGCGUGACGUUGCACAUGUUGCUCGAGAACGAUCGCGAAGAAAUCCCAGACGUACCGGCGAUCUACUUUGUCCAGCCGACAACGGCCAACCUCGAGCGCAUCAUCCAAGACAGUACCAAGGAACUGUACAGCGCCAUGCACUUGAACUUCGCCACGCCGAUUCCCCGCGACAAGCUGGAAACGUUUGCGAAAGGCUGCGUCGACGCCGGGUGCACUGCGAUGAUUUCCAAGGUGUUUGACCAGCACGCCAACUUUGUGUCGCUCGAGCCCCAGCUGUUCUCUCUGAAUCAACCAGGCAGCUACGUCGCGUGCAACGACGCGCACUCGUCCGACGCGACCAUCGACGCCACCAUGUCCAGCAUCGCCCAAGGCCUCUUCUCCGUCUUGGCGACCCUCGGCACUGUACCUGUCAUCCGAUGUCCUCCCACCGACGGCCCGUCCCGCCUCGUCGCGGAACGCCUCACGCAAACCCUGCGCGACCAUUUGACCAAGCGCAGUGGACUCUUCAACGACGCUGCUUCGUCGUUUCAGCGCCCCGUGCUCAUCAUUCUGGACCGCAACGAAGACUUGACGGCGAUGCUCCACCAUCCGUCCACGUACCAGGCAUUGGUGGACGACAUGCUCGGCAUCAAGCUGAACCGUGUGGCGUUCAGAGUCCCCAACGACAAGGGCGUGGUCGUGGACAAGUCGCACGACUUGGACGUCCAAGCGGACAAAUUCUUUAGCGCGACGGCCGGUCUGUUGUUUCCAGAUGCGAUUGCCAGUCACGAAGAAGAGCUCAAGGUGGUGCUCAAGAAGGAAAAGGACAUCUCGGCCAAGGCUGGCGGAGGCGGCAACAGCACCAAAGAGCUGGCGGCCGCCGUGGACACGCUGCCGGCGCUGCUCGAGAUGAAAAAGACGCUCGAAGUGCACACGAACGUGUUUCAAGCGACCAUGGACGCCGUCACGACGCGCCAAGUGCCCGAGUUCUCCAUGUUGGAGCAGCGAUUGAUCGAAGGGUUCAACGUCCCUGCCGCCGAAGUCGUGGCGCUGCUCAGUGAAAAGGGCAAUGCUGAAGACAAGGUGCGGCUGCUCAUGAUUUACUACCUAACGACAGGCGCAUCGAGCCGAGAGAUUGCCGAAUUUGAAGCGAUUCUGCGACCCCCAGGAAGCUCGACGACGGGUCCACUGGCGGCGUUCGACUCUGCGUGGAAGUUUAUCAAGCAGCACACGUCGCUCCAAAAGCACGCAAGUGUCGGCUCGUCCUUCUCGGACUCUGCGUCCAACAACAAUGCGACCGCCGCGGCCAAGCUCAAGGGGCUGGCUAACAACUGGGCGGGGAGCUUUGCAGGCCAGGCCCAAGGCUGGCUCACUCAAGCCGCGGAACAGUUCAAGAACUUUCUUCCCGAGAACAAAAAGCUCCAGGUGACUCGCGUCGCCGACGCCAUCUCGGAACUGCGACCCAACACGGAAGACGAGAGCUACCUGUACUUGGACCCAAAGAUCAAAGCUGGCGGCGGCGGACAAGUGCCGCGCCAGCGCACGCCCUUUCGCGACGUGAUUGUGUUUGUCAUUGGCGGCGGCAACUACAACGAGUACCAAAACUUGCAAGCGUAUGCCAAGGUACACACAUGAACGAAGCUGUUGUCGACAGAUUCGUGACGGAGUACGAGUAGGCGCAACCGGCGACACACCCGCGGCAUGUGCUGUACGGUUGCACGGAACUGCUGACCCCGAACGAGUUUUUGGCGCAACUCAACCAAGUGCACACGUAACAGUAUCUAGUCGUUGCACGUGCAUGCAUGCUGCUGUGGCCUAGCCUAGGCUGAUGAGGAUACACGAGAUGAUACAUUUACUUUUCAAACGAACUCCACGCCACCGUGCCCUUGG